AUGCAGAUAAUUGUUAAUGCUGGAAAUGGAUCAGGAGGGUUCUCUACAUGGGAUGUGUUAGACAAGCUAGGUGCAGACCCAUUUGGAUAUCUCCACCUAAAUCCAGAUGGAAUGUUCCCUAACCACAUCCCUAACCCCGAGGACAAAAUAGCCAUGUCCUUAACCAGAGCAGCCGUACUAGAAAACAAUGCUGAUCUCGGUAUUAUUUUCAACACAGAUGUGGACCGCAGCGGUGUAGUUGACAGUGAAGGAAAUCCCAUUAAUGGUGACAAGCUCAUUGCACUAAUGUCUGCAAUUGUUCUCAAGGAAUAUCCUGGUACAACUAUUGUCACUGAUGCUCGUACUAGUAUGGCCUUAACUAAAUUUAUUACAAAUAAGGGAGGCCAACAUUGCUUGUAUAGAGUUGGUUAUAGGAAUGUCAUUGACAAGGGUGUCAAUCUUAACAAGGAUGGCAUUGAAACACAUCUCAUGAGGGAAACUAGUGGCCAUGGUGCUUUGAAAGAAAAUCACUUUGUUGAUGAUGGUGCGUACAUGGUUGUAAAAAUUAUAAUUGAAAUGGUAAGAAUGAAGCUUGAGGGAUCAGAAAGAGGUAUUGGCAGUCUCAUAAAAGAUCUCGAAGAGCCAUUAGAGUCGGCAGAACUUAGAAUGGUUGUCCUUUCUGAGCCUAGAUAUGCUAAAGCAAAAGCAUUUGAAGCCAUUGAAGCAUUCAAAACCUAUAUUGAGCAAGAAAGCUUACCAGGAUGGGAACUUGACGCUUGUGGAGACUGCUGGGUAAGUGAUGGUUGUCUUGUGGACACCAGUUUUGAUCCAACUCCAAUUGAUGCUUAUAUGUAUAGGGCUAAAGUUUCAUAUGAAGGAAAUAGGGAACAUGGAUGGGUUCACCUUCGACAAAGUAUCCAUAAUCCAAAUAUUGCUGUUAAUAUGGAAUCUACAGUUCCUAGUGGGUGCCAUUACAUGGCAAAAGUUGUAAGAGAUCAGUUUCUCUUGCCUAGCAGAAUGGACAAAAUAGUUGAUGUCACUCAAAUUGAUAAGUAUGCUAGGAGUGGAAAUCAAUGCUAA